UGAACGAGCAGCAGAGAGAGAGAGAGAGAGAGGGAGAGAGAGGGUGUGUGUAAAUGGGGAGCAAGAAGACUGAGUUGUACUUCGUCUUUAUGAACUACGAUGCCGAAUAUGAGCGUCUUCGAUCUAACAGAACCAAGAGAGGGGCAAAUGAGCUGGAUCUCUACUUGAGCAGGAAGCACGAUGAGUUACUGGCCACAACCUUGGCUCCUGGAACUUACAAGAAGACUUCAUCUUUGGUCAUUGUCGAUGGCUUUGCAGUCGAAAUCACUGAUGAUCAGCCAAAAUGAUGGGUUAAUUAAUGGAGUUAUUGUUUACAUGGGGUUUUAAUUCUGCGUGUACAAGCAGGCCAAUGUGCUUAGAUCUGCAGAAGGAGUGAGACUUGUGGAGAAGAAUCAAGAGGUUGCCUAGCUAGCUAGCUCUCUAGGAAGGAGAGGAAAAUGAAGCCUUGGCGAUAAAUUCCAUGUUUUUCUUAGCUAAAUAUACUUAUAUAUAUGGGGCAGUUUAUUAAUUAGCCCUUGAUGCCAUUAAUUAUCAUGCAAAAGAUUAGCUCUCUCUCUCUCUCUCUCUCUCUCUCUCUCUCUCUCUCACUCACUCACUCACACUCACUCACUCACACACACAAACUCGCAGAUACCUAACGGGUAUGAAGCAUUUUGGAUGUGCCAGAACAAUCAUCUUUAGGAAGAAGCUCUAAGAGCCAUUGGGUUUAUUAGGGUUGCAAAAGCAGCUAAAUUAACAAAUGAUUAAUUCUGCUUGUGUUGAUUUAAAAGAAUAUUGAUAUUUUUUUAUCGAUAAAACAAGUCAAUUCAUCUGUCAAGAGCCCCUGAUGAAUAAAAAGGACAAAAAUGUUAAAAGAGAACAAAGAAGGUUGAAUAUAGGACAAAAAUGUUAAAAAAGAACAAAGGAGGAGAGAUUUCACCCUCCAACAAAAUGAGUCACCUCAAUCUGUCUUUAGAAACCAUCCUUACUUGACAUGAAAAUUAUUUGAAGACAAUGGUAUAAUUUAAAAGAAUUACAAUUCUUAUUCUAAAAUAAUAAGAUAACAAAUAUUUAAAAACAUACGAGAUCGAUCACCUUAUAAAAAAUAGAAAUAAAAAUAAUAUUAUAUUUUAUUUAAUUUAACUAAUUCAAGACUUCGUGAUUCUUAUGAUAUCAUAAUCACGCACAUCUUUCAAACCUUCCUAACAAAAUCCAUUAAGUGGAUAAAAUACAAGCAACGUUCUUAGUAUACAAAACUUCGAAUUACAAAAUUUAGACGGAUGAUUGUAUUAAUUUUUUUUAUCAUAAGUUAUUUUAUAUAUACAUAUAUAUACUAUAAAGGGUUUUUCCUUGAGAGAAAAUUAAUGAAAUAAGAGACAGAUGGAGUCAAGUGUUGAGAGUGAGAGAGGAGAAGUUGAUGUGAUGGAUAUUGGCAGGCAUCUAUCUAUCUAUCUAUAUAUCUAUAUAAUCUCACAGCCACAGGACAGGAGAGGAAGCACCUUUAUCUUGUUAAGGUUAGAAAGGAGCAGAGCAGAGGCCAAGUUGGGGAUGCCCCCAUUUUCAACAAAGUAGGAGAGAAAAACGCUGACGCGUGGGUCCUGUCUUCACAUGCUUCAGCUUUAUUAUUAAUUCCCUUGCUAGCUACUUAUAAGAUUUCAACUUUGUGCGGUACUGUCUCA